AUGAAACGUUCGACAAAUAUACUACUAAAGUGUUUGACUCUACUGUUCCUCGCAGGGAAUACACUACUACUGAUACUAAUUAUAAUAUCCGGUACAACAAAACACUACCCAGUGGAUAGGUUCUACUGGGUGCAGGCCAAUACUACGGGUAUCCCCAAUGCACCAGAUGAAACAAGAUGGACAUUCUGGGGGGCAUGCACCAGAAGUAAUGGCGAAACCCUUUGCAGUGGAGACUUAGCACCUGCAUAUCCAAUUUCUCCAAGGGAUAACUUCAAUACAGAAGUCAAUGUUCCUCACCAUUUUCUUUCAAAUAGAGAUGCAUUCUACUAUCUUACGAGGUUUUCCUUUGCCUUCUUUUGGAUUGCAUUGGCCUUUGUCGGUGUCUCAUUCAUAUUAUACCUUCUAUCAUGGAUUUCCUCUACUGUCUUACAAGUUAUCUUCAUUUUGAUGAUUUUUGGCUUCAUAUUUAACGUGGUAGCUGUCGUUUUGCAAACUGCGGCUACGGUAAUGGCAAGAAAUGCCUUCCAUGAUGGUGACAGAAGUGCAGACAUCGGUGCCGCACUAAUGGGUAUUGCCUGGGCUAGCGUGGCUGUUUGCAUCAUUGAAAUGGCCUUUAUUGGGUUCUCAUUCAUUGCAAACAAGUACGAAAAGGGCUUCAAGACUCCACCACAUUUAGAACCACAUACUAAUGCAAAAUUUGGAUUCUUCCAUCGUAAGAGAGGUGCCAUCCCUCAGGAUACUAUAAGAACUCCAAUACCAACAACACAAACGGAAGAACCAAAUAACGUAGUCGUCCCUAAUACAGGAACUUUGGGGUCUCCAGAAAUCCCUCAUAAGGGCAUUAAGUUUUUCAAGAUCAAGAGAACACAUACCCCAGGUGAUGACGAUUCAAUCUGA